ACAACACUUGUCAGGGUUUAAAACAUGGUUCGGUUUUCCCUAGCAUCGGUACUAUUACUGGCUGUCACCAGCACAGCUUUUGCUGGACCAUUAGGUGAUUAUGGUGGUAAUGGAAUCAAGAUAGUACCUUACCACGGAGGCGGAGGAGGAGGAGGAGGAGGUGGCGGAGGAGGCCAUGGCGGAAGCUGGUCCCAUGGUCCAUAUCACCGACAUGGACUUGGUGGUGGUAGCGGAAGCGGAGGAUCGUCUGCACAUGCCCACUCUUCAGCAUCUGCCCAUGUUCACCAUUUUGGAAGUGGAUCUUCACAUGCAUCAGCUGGCUCAUCUGCCAAUGCUCACACUUUUGGAGGUGGACCUUCACAUGCAUCAGCUGGCUCAUCAUCCCAUGCAUCAGCCUCACAUGGUGGUUUAGGAGGUGGCAGUGCUCAUGCACAUAGCAGUUCUAGCGCUCACGCUCUAUCCGGUGGAUUUGGUGGAUUCGGAGGUAUUGGACCAGGAGGCAUUGGCGGCAUUGGCGGCGGCGGAUUAGGUGGUGGUCCUGGUGGCAUUGGCGGCAUUGGUGGUCCAGGUGGCAUUGGCGGUGGUGGAAUAGGUCCCGGCGGCAUCAUAUUCGGCCCAGGUGGUCCAGGUUCCGCUAGUGGAUCAGGCAGUGGCAGAGCAUUUGGUGGUAAUGGAGGUUCAAGCGCAAGUGCAAACGCAGCAGCUCGUGCAAGUGCAAGUGGUGGCGGUGGAUUCGGUGGACCAGGCUCUCCAGGAAAUGCAGGAGCACCAGGUCAACCUGGAAUACCAGGAGCCCCAGGAGUACCAGGACGUCCCGGAAUAACCCAACCAGGCCGACCAGGAAAUGCAGGACCACCAGGUCAACCAGGUAACCCAGGUCGUCCAGGCGCAGGAGGAAGACCAGGCGCACCAGGACGGCCAGGAGGACCAGGACGUCCAGGAAUCCCCGGCAAACCAGGAAACCGAGGACAGUUAGGACAGCCAGGCUCACCAGGACAGCCAGGUCACCCAGGAGCAUCAGGACAACCAGGUAGAAACGGAAGUCCAGGAAACCCAGGUAAACCAGGAACACCAGGUCACUCAGGAACACCAGGAUCACGUGGAUCACCAGGAACCCCAGGAACACCAGGACAACCAGGAGUACCAGGCACCACCGGUGGACGAGGACCAAGAGGGCCCGCUGGAAUAAUCGGAUUAAUUGGACCUAAAGGAAAUCCCGGAGCAUCAGGAAAUCCAGGCGCACCAGGAAUACCAGGAGAGGGAGGACCAAGAGGACCACAAGGACCAGCCGGAGGACCAGGAUCAUCAGGCCCAUCAGGAGACAAAGGAUCACCAGGUACACCAGGCGGAAACGGACCAAGAGGAGCAAUCGGACCACAAGGACCAUCAGGACCACCCGGGGAUGGAGGACCACAAGGAGGAAGAGGAUCACCAGGAACACCAGGCAAACCUGGAGCUAAAGGCCCACAGGGAUCAAACGGAGACGUUGGACCACAAGGAGCAUCCGGACCAAAAGGACCACAAGGUCCACAAGGAAAAGCGGGUGUCAAAGGACCAGCCGGAGAUCAAGGAGCUAGAGGAGCAGAAGGAACAGCCGGACCACCAGGACCACAAGGAGAACAAGGAUUGAAGGGUCCAUCAGGAGGCCAGGGACCAGCCGGACCAGCCGGACCAUCAGGAGAACAGGGACCAGGAGGUGAAAGAGGAGGCCAAGGACCACAAGGACCUGAAGGACCAACUGGACCAGCAGGACCAAGAGGAGCAUCUGGAUCACAGGGACCAGCAGGGGAACGCGGCGCACCUGGAGCACCAGGUAAAAAAGGACCAAAUGGAGACCGCGGCAACCAAGGACUACCAGGAGCACCAGGCAAAAAUGGAGCCAGAGGAGAUAGAGGAGCAAGAGGAAGCAACGGAUCACCCGGCAGAACAGGAGCACCAGGAAGCCGAGGAAAGAUUGGACCACAAGGACCACAUGGACCAAGAGGAGCACGAGGAUCACAAGGACCCAAAGGACAACGUGGAGACCAAGGAGCCCCAGGUGUUAUACGUAUUGUUAUUGAUGACCAGAGAACAGGACCCGAAGUUGAAGAAUUCCCUGGAUUUGGUGGAUUCCCUGGAUUCCCUGGAUCCGCUGGAGCGGGUUCAUCAUCAGGAGCUAGUGCAUUUGGAGGACCUGGCGGAGCCGGCGGUUUCCCAUUCGGGCCAUUCGGAGGAGCAGGAGGUCCCGGAGGUGGUCCAGGAGGACCAGGAAGUCCUGGAGGACCAGGAGGUCCCGGAGGACCAGGAGGUCCCGGAGGACCAGGAGGACCAGGAGGACCAGGAGGUCCCGGUGGAUUAGUAGGAGGAGGAGCAGGAGGUCCCGGUGGAUUAGGAUUAGGAGGAGCAGGAGGUACCGGUGGAUUAGGAGGAGGAGGAGCAGGAGGUCCCGGUGGAUUCGGUGGAGGAGUAGGUCCUGGUGGAUUAGGCGGAUUUGGUGGAUUAGGAGGUGGAGGACUAGGAGGAGGAGCUAGCGCCGGAGCAUCAUCGUCAGGAUCGGCUUCUGCAUCUGGUGGUGGACCAUUCGGAGUACUCAAUGUAGGACCAGGAGGUGGAGGAAGCUCUUCAGCAUCUGCAGCGUCUAGAGCACACGCACUCGCUUUAGGAGGUCUCGGUGGUGGAAGUGCAUCAGCAGGUAGUCAUUCCUCAUCUAGCGCACACUCAUUCGGCGGACACUUAUUCCACAGUGUGACCCACCAUGGAGGUCCUUCACAUGCUUCAGCACAUGCAACCGCUCAUGCCCAUGCAUCUGCAAGUGGAGGAGGAGGUCACGGAGGUCACGGAGGCCACGGAGGCCACGGAGGACCAUAUAAACCUGGAUAUUAACUUUAAAUUGACUUCUUUGUAGUAAAAUGAAUGUUUAUUGUAAUAUUAAAAUCUGCAAGUCUUCGUAA